UUUCCAUUCAAGUUUCAUUCAAACUAUAUACAAGCCUUUUAAAUUCCGAAGUGGUAACUAGUUUUCUCUCCGAUCUCUAUUUAAAUUCUUUGUUUUGGACACUAUGUCCGCUAAAUCGAAACGUAAUGUGCAGACGGCCACGGAUCGGAGUCGGGAUGCUCCCGUUACUCCGCUGCGCCGGUUGGUCAUCCCAAGACCGGACAUCCUGCACACUUACUUGGAGUACAAGCAGGUCAACCAGUAUCUGGAGUACCUGGCCCAGCGAUAUCCGCACUUUGUGCACAUGUACACCCUGGGACAAACGCACGAAAAGCGGGAGGUUCGAGCUCUCGAGAUAAAUUGGAUGAACUCGAACAAUGUGGAGCUAACCUCUCAGAUGCGGCAACAAUCACCGCCGCCUUUCGUCACAAUAGGACGAUCCACCGCUCCCGUUGUCCACACGGGGGAGCAGUGUCGGAAAACCGUCUUCAUCGAGGCGGGAACCCAUGCCCGCGAAUGGAUAAGUGUGUCCACAGCCCUCAAUUGUAUCUACCAACUGACGGAGCGAUACACCCGGAAUGUGGAGGUGCUGCGAAAGCUGCGCUUCAUCAUUGUGCCUCUGGUUAACCCCGAUGGCUACGAAUAUUCCCGCACAAAGAAUCCUAACUGGAGGAAAAACCGACGGCCACACAAGGCCAGUAAGUUUGUGGGCACGGACUGCAACCGGAACUACGACAUAUUCUGGAACAGCGGGCCCAGCAAGAUUAACCGGAACACGUACAAGGGAGAGAAGGCCUUCUCCGAGCUGGAGACGCGGGCCAUGAAGAACAUCCUCGAGCGGAUGAGUCCCAACCUGCUGUUCUUCCUGUCGCUCCACUCCUACGGGCAGAGCAUCAUGUAUCCGUGGGGCUACUGCCGGGAAAAUCCGCUCUUCUGGCGGGAGCUUAGCUCGCUGGCCAAUUCAGGAAAGAGUGCCAUUAAAUCCUACAACGGAAGGGAGUACCGGACGGGGAGCAUCAGCUGCCUGCACAAGCGCACGAUCGCCGGAUCCGUGGUGGAUUACGUGUACGGGAAGCUGAAGGUGCCGAUGGCUUUGGUGAUGGAGCUGCCUUCGCGGGAACUGGGCUUCCAGCCUCCGGUGGAGAUGAUCAGUCAGAUUGGACACGAGAGCUGGUAUGGCAUUCGGGAAAUGUGCAAGCGCUCCUACGACCUGCGCCACCAAAUCGUCCGUGAAAAUGACCCGCCAAUGCCGCGUCCGGCACAUUACGAGUCACCGCAGGGCAGUACCAUCGGUGUGAUCACAGAAAGUACAUCCCCGUCCACGGAUGAGUCCACCGCAGCUGGCGGCGAUUGCAACAAGACUGCGCCCAAGAAGAAGAAGCGGGCCAAGCGCUCGGUGAUGGCGCAACACGAAGCCAUCCUCCGUCUGCACAAGGGUUACAGGACCGGUGGAUCCCAGGUCCUGCCUGAGGGAGUGCAACCCCUGCCCCGCCUCUUCCCGCGGCAAAUGUCCGCGGUUUAUCCACCGGCCAAGCGAGUCGGCAUCAGUCGAGAUGGACGAGGAGGUGGCGAUGGCGCGAUCCUCACCACACACAGACCUCCCAUUGCAUCCACCAUGCCGCUCGGAGUCUUUUUGUAGGCCUAACGUUCUGUCUUCUUGUGAUUAGUACGAGUGUGUUAAGAUUUUAGUUAUAAAUUAAAUUUUAAGGUCUACUUCAGUUGCAAAA